AUGACUGAAGCUCGAAGAAAUAUACCUUCGUUUACUACUGUUACGUCAACCUUCAAGUCUUAUAUUUUAUCACUGCCACUAUUGACAACUACGAUUUCUUGUCUAGCAAUUUUAUUGUAUACACUCGGCGCUUUCUUGUUUAGUGGGAAUCCCAUAUUCGACGCACUUUGUCUUUGGCCACAACAAUUUUUUGAGGGACAAGUGUGGCGUCUCUUGACAUAUCCUUAUUCACACAGUUCUCUUGGACAUUUACUUUUUAAUCUUUUGGUAUUUUUGCCAUUGAGUACGGCGAUUGAACAUACAAUUGGCACCGUUGAAUAUUCUUAUGUGUUGAUCACAGUUUUUACCGUACUUUCGGGUUCUCUUUAUUUGUUGGGUUCGUUGAUUUUCCAAUACAAAGGACUUGAAAUAGGAGGAUUGAGUACUUGGGUAUUUGGUGUUGUA